AUGGCAAAAGCCAAAUACCCACCACUCAUACAUUUCCAGACAGUCUCAACCUUUCUAAUACGCUUAUUACUGGUCUCUUCUCUCCUUACAACAACAGUGGUGGGUCUAGGGCUAUUCGAACCUGCUGGUGCCCCAUACCUUUGCGUCAGGCCAGAUGUCAGAGCAGUUGGAUCUGGCUAUGCUGAUACUCCAGCUUCAACGAAUUCAAGACUUGGGUUUAAUGCUGGUGUCUAUCAUUUCAGUCAGAAUCUCCCAAACACAAACUCGCCUCUAUUCCCAAUUGGUGGACAACUUAUUGCACCAACAGGGCUAUUGGACGAUACAGCAACAGACGCCAUACUAAUGCUCACCUUAUAUCCCAUGCGUCCGGGCUCGGCUGAUGGCAUAUCUGAUCUCACGGACGCCAUGAUUUCAGACCUGGCAAACCAACUGGCUGCAUUAAACAAGUCAGGCAGACGAGUCAUUGUACGACUAGCAGCUGAGAUGAACGGGAACUGGAGAGUGUGGGGCCAAAAGCCUACAGCAUUUAUACCUUUCUGGAAGAAGGUGGUCACUGCGGUACGAGCUGUAGCACCUCAGACAGCGUUCUUAUGGAGUCCCAACGUACGAGGAACGACGGCGUGGACGCCCGCAGCUGCAGCUGGAACUCCAGAUUUCAUUGCAAUGGAUACGAAUGGAGAUGGUGCUGUGAAUGCUCUUGAUGAUCCAUAUACACCAUUCUAUCCUGGUGAUGAAUGGGUAGAUUGGGUUGGAUUAGAAAAUUUCUACUUUGGUCUCAGUACAACCACUCCAGCAAAUGUCCUGCCACCAGCCGGCUUCUUCCAGGCUUCUAUACGAGGAUUCGGGCCGGGAACCAGCUCGUUUGACUUUUACACUAUGUUUGCGGUCAAUCAUAAUAAGCCAUUUGCUUGCAGUGAGUGCCCAGCAGUAUUUUAUGGUCCUGGUCCGUAUGUCGGAGCUACAGGAGUAGCCAAUGGUGCAGGCGAACUCCCCAUAAAACAAAACUGGUGGCGGCAGACAAUAACAAAUGCAUCAGUCCUCUCCGUCUUCCCACGCCUAAAACUCUGGGGCAUGUUUGAAUACGCAGUGAUUGAAGACGGCGUAUUCAAAAACGAUCAAGUCUUGAAUGCAUCAAACCCAACAGGCACACUAUCUGCCUUUUUAGCAGAUUUGAAGAGUAGUAGCAUAUCGUUUACGAAUGCUAAUGCUACUGCUGGACAUACCACUAGUACUGCAUGGGCGACCAGCACGCCGGCGACUGGGUCGAGUAGUUCUGGUGUUGCGAGGAGGGUGUGGCUGAAUAGUUGCUGGAGUGGGUUUGUGGUGCUGCCGGUGCUUGUGCUUUUGCAUUAUUUGUAUAGUGGAUUGUGA